AGCAACUGGCACGAGGUGGUGGAGACGUUUGACGAGAUGCAGCUGGGGGAGGCGCUGCUGCGCGGGAUCUACGCCUACGGCUUCGAGAAACCCUCCGCCAUCCAGCAGAGGGCGAUCCUGCCCUGCAUCAAGGUUGUGACUGGUCAGAGCAACUGGCACGAGGUGGUGGAGACGUUUGACGAGAUGCAGCUGGGGGAGGCGCUGCUGCGCGGGAUCUACGCCUACGGCUUCGAGAAACCCUCCGCCAUCCAGCAGAGGGCGAUCCUGCCCUGCAUCAAGGGGUACGACGUGAUCGCGCAGGCGCAGUCGGGCACGGGGAAGACGGCCACCUUCGCCAUCUCCAUCCUGCAGCAGCUGGAGCUGGGGCUGCGCGGGACUCAGGCCCUGGUGCUGGCGCCCACCCGAGAGCUCGCCCAGCAGGUACCAGUAUGGACCAGUAUAAACCAGUAUGGACCAGUAUAAACCAGUACGGACCAG